AUGUCUCUUCUCAAAUCCCUCACUUCAAAUUCCUCCGCUUUCAAUUUCAAACCAACACAAUCCACCAUGACGCAUUCCUCUCCUUACAGGGUACGGUGCUAUUACGAACAGCUUGUUCCUCCUCCAGGAAAGCUAACUCUAUUGACUUGUUUUAUUCCCAAGGGAUCUCAUCAGUUAAAGUGGGACAAUAUAUGUUCUUCAAAGCGAAGAUCACGAGGGCCAGUGAUGGCAGGAAAGAAAGCUUCUGAAGGAAUCAAGCAAGAAGAUGGAAAAUACAAGCACACUGUUGAUCUUCCUAAGACAACAUUUGGUAUGAGAGCUAAUUCUUCAGUAAGGGAGCCUGAAAUUCAGAAAAUUUGGGAAGAGAAUCAAGUCUUCAAGAAAGUUGUUGAGAAAAAUAGUGGAGCAAAUUUUAUUCUUCAUGAUGGUCCUCCAUAUGCCAAUGGUGAUCUUCACAUAGGGCAUGCCUUAAACAAAAUUUUGAAGGAUAUUAUAAAUCGUUAUAAGGCAGCAGCUAGCCCUUUUAUUGUAAAUGUAUUGGUGAAGUCUAUGAGUUAUGUGCAGAUGCUACAUGGUGUAAAGCAGGGAACAAUAUUGUUAUUAUGUUUCUCUGGCAUUAUGUCACUGGAUGAAAAGGCUAGAAAUGACCUCACACCAUUAAAGUUGAGAGCAAAGGCUGCUAAAUUUGCUAAAGAAACUGUUAAAAAACAGAUGUCAUCUUUUAAGCGCUAUGGAGUAUGGGCAGACUGGAAUGAUCCCUAUCUUACUCUAGACCCAGAAUAUGAAGCAGCCCAGAUUGAAGUGUUCGGCCAGAUGGCCUUGAAAGGCUAUAUAUACAGAGGCAGAAAACCUGUUCACUGGAGUCCUUCUUCACGGACAGCACUUGCUGAGGCUGAGUUGGAGUAUCCUGAAAAGCAUGUUUCAAGAAGCAUAUAUGCCAUUUUUAGAGUUGUGAGUGCUCCUUUAACACCAAGUUCCCUAUUACAAGAAUUUCCAAAUUUGUGCUUGGCUGUUUGGACGACAACUCCCUGGACUAUUCCUGCCAAUGCAGCUGUUGCAGUGAAUCCUAAGCUUGAAUAUGCUGUUGUUGAAAUAAAGUCAUUAGCGGAGCCUGACCCUUCAUCUGGUGGAAAAAAGAAGAAAGGGCUGGGGCUUGUUUUGGAGGAUGAGAGGAAGCCAUUUCUUAUUGUGGCUUCAGAGCUUGUGCCAAGUUUAGAGGCAAAAUGGGGUGUGAAGCUUGAUGUCAAGACAAAACAAUUGGGUUCAGAGUUGGAAAACUACAGGUAUAUCCAUCCAAUAGAUGACAGGGAAUGUCCUGUUGUAGUUGGUGGAGAUUAUAUUACAACAGAAACAGGAACGGGACUGGUCCACACAGCUCCUGGACAUGGUCAGGAGGACUACGUGACUGGCCAGAAGUAUGGACUACCCAUAUUUUCUCCAGUAGAUGAUGAUGGAAAGUUCACUGAAGAGGCUGGGCAAUUUGGUGGGCUUGAUGUUCUUGGUGAAGGAAACAGUGCUGUUGUAAAAUACUUGGAUGAACAUCUCUCACUCAUCAUGGAAGAAUCAUAUGAACACAAGUAUCCCUAUGAUUGGCGAACAAAAAAACCAACAAUAUUUAGAGCAACAGAGCAAUGGUUUGCAUCUGUGGAGGGAUUUCGCCAUGCAGCUAUGGAUGCCAUUAACCACGUAAAAUGGGUUCCACCUCAGGCAGAAAAUAGAAUCUCUACAAUGACUUCUUGUCGCUCAGACUGGUGCAUAUCACGACAAAGGACAUGGGGUGUCCCCAUUCCAGUAUUUUAUCAUCUUCAAUCUAGAGAACCUCUUAUGAAUGAAGAGAUAAUUGAUCAUAUAAAGUCUAUCGUAGCCCAAAAAGGUGGUGAUGCAUGGUGGUACAUGACAAUGGAGGAUCUUCUCCCAACUAAAUAUCGUGAUAAGGCAGCAGAAUAUGAAAAGGGAACUGACACAAUGGACGUGUGGUUUGAUUCAGGGACUGUUCUACAUGGUUCCUCCUGGGCUGCAGUCUUGGGAAAAAGAGAUUCCCUUAGUUUUCCUGCAGACUUGUAUCUUGAAGGAACAGAUCAGCAUCGAGGGUGGUUUCAAAGUUCUUUGUUAACAAGUGUUGCUACAAAAGAUAAACAUGCAUGCUUUCUUGUGUUGGGAUGUGUGGUUGAGAACUGGGAAGGAAAAUCUGAGGCCUGCAAGUUGAUCUUGGGCUGGAGUUUUGAUUGUGUAGAUUUAUUGGUGGAACAAUCAGAAGAAUAUCAAGGGAAGGCUCCAUAUUCAAGUGUUUUAACACAUGGAUUUGUAUUGGAUGAGAAAGGCUUAAAAAUGAGCAAGUCUUUGGGUAAUGUUGUGGAUCCACGUUUUGUGAUUGAAGGAGGUAAAAAUCAAAAGGAAGCACCUGCAUAUGGAGCUGAUGUCCUCCGACUCUGGGUUUCUAGUGUAGAUUAUACAAGUGACGUGAUGAUUGGCCCUCAGAUUCUUCGUCAAAUGUCCGAGGUUUACAGAAAGUUGCGAGGAACUUUGAGAUACCUCUUGGCAAAUCUUCAUGAUUGGAAAACGGAAUACACUGUUCAAUACCAUGAGCUUCCGAGGAUUGAUCAACAUGCACUUUUUCAGCUUGAAAAUGUUGUAAAAAACAUUCAAGGAAAUUAUGAAAAUUACCAGUUUUUUAAAAUAUUUCAGAUUUUGCAGAGGUUUGUGAUUGUUGACCUGUCAAAUUUCUAUUUUGAUGUUGCCAAGGAUCGACUUUAUGUUGGUGGAUCAACAAGUUAUACGAGGAAAAGCUGCCAAACAGUUCUUGCAGCUCAUCUUCUUUCCAUUGUGAGAAUCAUAGCACCAAUUUUGCCCCAUUUAGCUGAGGAUGUGUGGCAGAAUCUGCCUUUUCAGUAUAUAACUCAAGAUGGUUCUAUUUCUGAAUAUGUAUUUGAAUCAAGAUGGCCCACCUCAAACGAAAGAUGGCUUGCCCUCCCUACGGAAGAAAUUAAUUUUUGGGAAAACAUUCUUGAGCUGAGAACAGAAGUUAAUAGAGUUUUGGAAGUUGCUCGAACAGGUAAACUAAUUGGGGCCAGUUUAGAUGCAAAGGUUCAUAUCUACACAUCUGAAGACAACCUGGCAUCCCAAUUACGCGAACUAUGUGCAACCAAAAAUGAUGCCGAUACAUUGCACCGUCUAUUCAUAACAUCUCAGGCUGAGAUUCUUCCCUCAUUGGACGAUGAACAUACUGUAAAUAUACCAUACAGUGGUGAAUGCCUAAUUCAAGGGAAGAAUAAAGUUUGGAUCGGUAUAUCUCGUGCUGAGGGUUCCAAGUGUGAAAGAUGCUGGAAUUAUUCACAGCAGGUUGGUUCAUUUUUGGGCCACCCUACUCUCUGCAGUCGCUGCUACGAUGUUGUUGCUCUUCAGAUGCCUCCUCAAGUAGCAGCAGUCAGUUAA